GUAGUUGCGUUGACAAAAAAAUUGCUGACCUAAUUUUGUUUUGAAAUUUUUAAAUAACAAUAAUUUUGAUUUUGUUUGAACUACUCCCACUCAUUGCAACUACAAACUAAUUACAUUCGAUUUUUAGUAACUUAAGCCAUUAUCACUAACUAAAAUCAAUCAGGCUACAGAAAUACUGUGGUAAAAUUGUAUAUCAUAUUAAAAAGAAGUCCAGAAGUUCUUUCUCGCACACGACACAGCAGGCAAUAGGUCAUCCCUGCCCUCGGUUUUGUUUGGAGAGAUGUUCUGUGAAGCCUCUAACAAUUGAGUCUCCUAUACAAUUUUGCUUCAUGUUAACGCGUGACAACGACAAGCAUAGUGAAGCAUAUGUUGAAAUUUUCACUGCUCAUGUUAUGAAUUUAUAAGUAAAGCAUGCGUUGAAAUCUUUCUGCUCUUGUUAGGUAUUAUUAAGUGAGGCACAGAAACAUUUUUAUUUUAUUACUGGUGUUAUGUUUUAGGUGAGGCAUACAAAAAAAAUUAAAAUAUUUCUCUGAUCCACUCAGGGUGACAAAUGUGAAGCAAAAUUAAUGGCACUAAUGGGCUUUUGUAAUUUUCGAAGCAUUUCACCAGCGACUUCUGCGAUAUACAACCUAAUGAUGCCCUUACCCUAAUGAGUUUAUGUCUUGAAACAUAAAAAGGCAGUGAACUAUUAACCUAUCGAAAGGUAGGAAGACUAAUCAUAUUUAGGCAAUCUAAAAAAGAAAGAAGUGUGAAAGAAGUGUAAAAAGCAUCAAGAAGUGUAAAACAGCAUUAUGAUUAUCAGGUUCAUAAUUGGUACAAUGUUAUUUUGUUCUUAUAUUUUUGCUUACAAAAGCAGACCUCCAGAAACAUGCUCAGAUUUGUGGAAUUACGUGCAAAAUAUUACCCAAGAAUUUCCUUUUCCUAAAAAAGAAAUGCAUGUUGAUAUCCAUAAUUGCACAUCUUUUUCAAUUCAAACUGCCGGUACAUUCAAAGUUAUAACAAACUUUCGAAUUAGACCAACGAUACAACUGAUGUUGGAGAUAUCUUCACAAUUGCUGGUUAAGCCAAACAUUACAUUAAGUGACAAAAUACAUCUUGAUUCUCCUAUUAUAAAGAUUAUUCAUUUGGGAGAAAAUAAUUUUACUUUGCAUGGUGUUGUCUCAGGACAAAAUAUUACUGUAAAGGUGUUUGUUGAUUUGAGGUUAUAUGGAAAGGUACUGUAUAUUUUAAACAGAAUUUCCUUUUAUAAAUCUAUGAAAGAUGGAAGAAAAGAGAGCAGCCUAUACGUCAACCAUGGAAUAUAUAACCUUUCCUAUCUGCAUUCAACAGAAACCCUCAGACCACAAUCAACAAUAAAAAGUGUUUUAUCAGCUGGUGCUAAAGCUGGUCUCAUUGCUUCUGGACUUCUAUUAUUGAUUGUCGGUGUUGCUUUUAUUAUUUACUGGAGAAAAUCAAACCGAAUGUCACAACAGGCUGCUUUUUAUAAUGAUAUUGUGAUGAACAGUGAGUUUGAUGAAGAAAUUGUUGAGGACGAUUGUCCUCUUGUAAAUGACCACUUAGUUAUUGGAUAAAAAGAUGAUUAGUUAAGUGCUUUUAAUGAUAUUGAGUAAUUUCAUUUGUUAGGUGCUGCUGUGUAGUGUGCAAAUCUUCAAGAUAACACAUUGUAUAGCAUGCCAAGAAACUGUUACAUGGUGGCAAAAUGGGCUGUUGUGAAAGCUGAAAAAAUAGGUUUUUUAGACAAACAAUUGAAAAAUUUGAACAGAAAACACUGUAGUUUUUUCAGGCUGAUAAAGCUGCUAAAAUAUUCUUUUUAUUAUCAAUUUUUUGAUCCAAAAUCCUUUUUAUAAUCUAAUAAUUUUUAGCUAAAAAGUAGUUUCUAUGUUAAUUGUUUAAAUAAUAAAAGUCAUACAAUAAUAAAAUUACCUAACAGACUAUUGGUCAUUUUUAUAAAAAACUUUGUUGAAUAUAAAUAUUUUCUAUUAUAUGUGUCUAUUGUGUGUUUAAAAAGAAAAGUGUUAGUUUCAGUAUCAUUUUUUCAUUUUUGUAUAUAUAUAUUUUGUAUAUUUUGUAAAUUACUUAUUUAUAUAAACAUCCCGAUAAUGUUUAUGAUGUUAACCAAUGGAGUAUAGUAUAUUAACCUUAUGCAAGUAUACCGUAAAAGCUUAAAAAAACCGUUUCAAAUGAAGUUCCACGAAUAUUUAAAAUUUUUUUUGUUGAAUUGUAGAAAUUUUAACUGUAUAUAAAAAUACACGAUUAAAUUUAGUUAAUUAGUUAUUGUACUCGCAGAGGUAGUCCAUCAGCAAAAAACUUUUGAAUCUAAAAUAAAGAAUCCUAUUGUAAUCUUUCAAACAAAUGGCUCCUUCCCAACUCCAAUACCCCUAUUUUAGUGAUUUCUUAAGUACGUUCCUCUAAUAUGCACCUCAAAAAACACACUCCCUUGUCUGUGUUUAUUCAAAACAUAUAUAAUGCAAAUUUUGAGUUUCAUUGGUAAGAGUUUUCCAAAAACAAUAAUGGAAGAAAAUAUAUAGUUGAUUCUGCACCAGCGUCAAAAUAAUCUGAUAAAAUAUAUAUAUUCAAUUGGCCAUUACAAAAAAAUACGAAACCAUCCCCCUUUUUUAAACUAAUAGACAGGUCUUAAGAAUACGAAAUUAAAUAAAUAAACAAAUAAAUAAAUAAACAAAAUAAAUAAACAAAUAAAAGACUCCUGGUGUUUAAAGCAUUAUGGUAAAAAUUGAUUUCGAAGUGACAGAUUCUACCUCUGAAAUUGAUAUCAUGAUAUACUGAAAUAUAGAAGUCACAAAUUUUGUUUAUGUUUUUUCUAAUUGCUUUUUUUAUGGUAUAGUGUAUCAUUGUUGCUAAUUUUUUAUUACUUAUUUUUGUUUUUAAAGGAAUUUAAACUGUAUAGAAAUAUAAGGAAAUGUUUAAUUGGGACAUGUAUUUCAACAGGAUAAAGGAGGUGUUGUACAAUAUACAAUGUUUUUAAUAAAACAUUUUUCAGAUGCA